AUGGACAUGACCUCCCUCCCCAAACCCAUAACACUCUCACCAACAGUCCACGCCUACGAUCCUCUCACCCCCGAAACCACCACCAGCAACAACGCACCGCAAACAAUAAUCCUCGCCUACUGGAUGAACGCCCCCCAGCGCGCCCUCACAAAAUACACCACCCAGUACCGCACCCUCUACCCCAGCGCCCGCAUCCUCACUCUCCAAAGCAGCACGGGUGACUUUAUGCGCCUCCCUUCACUCUUCACCUUCACCAGCACUACAAACGACAACAAGAGGACUAAUAGUGCUCAACCCGCUCUCGACUACAUCCUUCUCCACCACCCACCCGGCACCCCCAAAGAGAAUGAGAGAAUCCACAUUCACCUCUUCUCCAACGGCGGCGUCCACACAACCACAACCCUCCUCUCGACCUACAAGUCCACCACAGGCCACACCCUCCCCCUCACCUCCCUGCUCAUUGACAGCGCACCGGGGAAGCCCUCAUUGAUCGGUGCGUUCCGCGCCUUCUCGUUCAUUCUUCCUAAGAAUGUUCUUCUGAAGUGGGUGGGGAAGGUUCUGCUGGGAUGUAUGUUGCUGUUGAUGUUUGGGAUGAGGUGGGUGGUUGGUAGUGAAGAUGAGGUGAGUAAGGGGAGACGAAUGCUGAAUGAUAGGAGUGUUGUGGGGGAAAGUGUGCGACGGUGUUAUGUUUAUUCCGAGGGGGAUGGGUUAGUGGAUUGGAGGGAUGUGGAGGAGCAUGCUGUGGAGGCGGAGGGGGUAUUUGGUGGUGGUGGUGGUGCGGUGAGGAAGGAGAAGUGGGGGAGGGGUAGUGGGCAUGUUGAGCAUAUGAGGGUGGAUGGGGGGAGGUAUUGGAAGGUUGUUGGGGAGGUUGUGGAGGGGAGAUCAUAA